AUGUCUCGGGAAAUAAAAAAUAAAGUGAUACUUAUCACGGGCGGAGCCACUGGUAUUGGGUACGGUGCAGCAGACAGAUUUCUUCAAAACAAAGCAUUACUUGUCAUAAUUCUAGACAUUGACGAGAUACAGGGCAAUAAAUCUGUGAAUGAUUUGAAAUAUAGAUACGGUGAAAACAAGGCAGUUUUCUUUAAAUGUGAUGUAACGAAAGAUUUAGAAGCUGUCUGGGACAAACUCAUUGCUACAUACAAUAUCGAUGUUCUGGUAAAUAAUGCUGGAAUAGCUGAUGAAAAAGAUCCAAAGCGACUUAUUGAUAUAAAUUUAACAGCGUUGAUACAGUUUUCUCUAAAAUUUAUGGACCAAUACCGAAAAGAUAAAUUAGGAGAUGGUGGAACGAUCGUUAACUUGUCAUCGAUAUAUGGAACGUUCACAGACCCAUACCUUCCUGUAUAUCAAGCCACAAAGUUUGGAGUGAUGGCAUUUACGAAAUCAUUGGGAAACCAGGGUAAUUUCAAAAGAACUGGAGUGAGGGUGUUAGCUCUCUGUCCUGGUUUAACUAAAACUAAACUAACAGAAGUUUUAAUAACAUGGGAUGAUAAUUUAAAUGAAGAAUAUGCUGAACUUCUAAACAACUCUCCAUGGCAAACAGUAGACAAAGUGAGUGACGCCAUAAUCGAAAUAUUUGAAAAAGCAGAGAGUGGUUCUGGUUGGGUAAUCGAUGGUGGAAAACCAAUACGGGAGGUGGACAAGUUUUAG